CUAAGCACUGAAGUCUUCUUAAUAUAGCUCACUCCUCAGUUGCUGUCAGUUGCUUUCAUGCUACGCUCGGUUUCGGUUCUCGGUUCUCGGUUCUCGGUUCUGCUUUUCCUUAUUAAAAGACAAGUCUAAUUAGUGAUGUGAAAUUAUUUAUUGGAGGAUUAUUAUUUAUUGUGUUUUAUGCAACAAAAUGUAUCUGAAACGCGAAUUCAUUGUGCGACAUCCCAUAAUAGUUUUCACUGCGGGCAUAGCUGUAGGCAUUUGCCUUAUAAAGAUAUUUAGCACGCCAGCAGCGAUUGAUUCCUUUGAUUCGUAUGUAACUCAGCAAUCAUCAUUUGGUGCGGAUAUAUCAAACCACUACAAAAUUAUCAAUGAAUCAGUACUCGAUCGCCAUGUGGCUAGCCAUGAUCAUCUAUAUGAAAAUACGUCGCUCGCUGAUCAGCUGAAGAGGGAGGUGCGUUUGCUCUGUUGGGUCAUGACCAAUCCCAACAAUCAUAAGAAGAAGGCGCGCCACGUGAAACGCACCUGGGGCAAACGCUGUAACAUUUUGCUAUUCAUGAGCUCCGCGGCAGAUGAUGAGCUGCCCACAGUCAAGUUGGAUGUAGAAGAGGGUCGACCGAAUUUGUGGAGGAAAGUAAAGGAGGCCUUCAAGUAUGUCUACAAGCAUCAUUACAACGAUGCGGAUUGGUUCUACAAGGCUGACGACGACACCUAUGCAGUAGUUGAGAAUCUGAGAUAUAUGCUAUAUCCCUAUAGUCCAGAGACGCCCGUUCACUUUGGCUGCAAGUUCAAGCCCUUCGUUAAGCAGGGAUAUAUGUCGGGUGGUGCUGGCUAUGUGCUCAGCAAGGAGGCACUGCGAAGGUUUGUGGUCGAGGGCAUACCCGAUCCCAAGAUGUGUCUACCUGGCACCGUUAUCAACGAGGAUAUCGAGAUUGGCAAAUGCAUGGAGAAUCUGAAUGUGACAGCAGGCGAUUCUCGUGAUGUGAAUGGGCGUGGUCGCAUGUUUCCCUUUGUGCCGGAGCAAAUAUUAAUACCCUACAAGGAUCCGAAUUUUUGGUACUGGAAAUAUCUCUACUAUAAGACAGACGAUGGUCUAGAUUGCUGUUCGGAUAAUGCGAUAUCUUUUCACUAUGUUCCGCCCAAUUUCAUGUAUGUGCUAGACUAUUUAAUCUAUCAUCUGCAUCCCUUUGGGGUGAUCAGAGCGCAGCGUUUGCCAGCCAAACUAAAAGUGGGUGAGUUCUUGCCCGCGCCGAGGGAGGAGGUCGCCAACAGCAAUGAGGACUCUAUGGAUGAUGAUGAUAGGAUAAACAAAACUACAAUAAACGAAACUCAAACUGAACCCGAUGCGAGAGAAGUUGAGUAAAGCGAGAGAAUUGUGUGACAGCCUGACAGACUGAAUUGAAUGAAUAGGCUGGAAAGCCCGCAAUGUCAAACGGGUUCAAAUGCAUUGUGUGGGCGGGUGCUGAUUGCAAUUGUUGUUGCCUCAAUUGAUGAUGGGCAGUUAGUUCAGAACGUUUCAAAUUGCAAUUGUAAUUGCAAAUUAAUUAAAUGUGAGCAUGAAAUGAAUCGGGAAACCUUGCGCUUCCACAGUUUUCACCGUUUCCACUGGGCUCGAAAUGCGUGUCACGGCAAUGACUGAAAUUUACUGAAACAGUUUUGCAUUCGUCAAGCAAUGCAAUUAAACGAAAAUUACUUAAAUUGACUAUCAGCGAGUCACUUUGCAUAUGGUAAAAGCCGUAAAAGUCCGUGUGCACACUAAACAAAUAAAUCCAACAAAUUUUUAGUCUAUAUUUAGCUAACAAUGACGAACUGAAACAAUUUUUAUCAAUUGCCUGAAUAUUCAAGUAAAUGAACUCAUUUCGCAACGUGCUUCUAAUCUAUUUUACAAUUAGUACUAUCUAAAAUUACAAAUUGUUUUUCAACAAAUUGUACUCAAUUACGUAAUUUAAAAAUUAUAUUUG